UUUUUGACAACACCUUGUUCAUUCACACCAGCGAGAGCUUCGAUCGGAAACGUCGAUAACGGAAUAACCUCUUGGCCCGUUGCACCAGCCACCCUUAAAACUGUUCGCUGGAACGUGGUUCGUCAUUUGAACCAAGUUCACAGAAGUUGCACCAUCGUUCAACUGAUCCUACUUGACCACUAUUUGGUAGAACUGAUUGCAGUCUGUACGGUUAUAGCUAGUGAUAGUGUUCGUUAAUUGUUUACAUUGGCCCUUCGAGAUUUUGUCUGAUAUUUUAACAAGAGAACGAGGAGAAGACAUGAGAUAGUGCACCGGCUACUUAAUGCUAAAAUGUUUCACGGGUCAAACACUAUGGCUUCGACCAGUUACAUGGACACACCCAACCCGAAUGUUUACGGAGGGAACGGAGGUCCGGUUUACGUGCCACCGAGGGGCGGAGGAGGCUGGCAGGACCCGUACCAUCAGCAACACCACCAUCAUCAGCAGCAUCAGCUGACGCCGCCGGCUGCCAACAGCUUCUAUCCGACGAUGAUGUGGCGUUCCUACGACCACCACUACCGCCCCCAUUACGAGAGCAGCGGAAUGGAGAUGGGCGAAGGAAGGGAAUGCGUCAACUGUGGAGCGAUCAGCACACCUUUAUGGCGAAGAGACGGGACCGGCCACUACCUCUGCAACGCAUGCGGCCUGUACCAUAAGAUGAACGGGAUGAACCGGCCACUGGUCAAGCCGGUGAAGAGGCUCGUCAGUCCCCACACGUAUUUCAUGGUGCAGACUGCGACGCGCCGGCUGGGGCUAUGUUGCACCAACUGCGGCACGGGAACGACCACUCUUUGGCGGAGGAACAACGAAGGGGAGCCGGUCUGCAACGCCUGCGGUUUGUACUUUAAGCUCCACGGAGUCAACCGGCCGCUAGCCAUGAGGAAAGACGGCAUUCAGACGAGGAAACGGAAGCCGAAGAAGUCAUCUCAAGACUCCGGCUCUACCAUUUCUCAAACCACGCCGCACUCCGCCUUAUCAGCAGAGAACUCCUCGAAGCUGGUGAGCAGUGGUUCAUCUGACCGGCCCUAUCUCGGCCAUACGUCGCUGCUGGUAGGAGGUAGCGGGAUCAAAUCCGAGCCCGUACCUAACCAGUACCCGGAACACAUGGAGCCGUACUACCAAAGCCAGCAUUACAACAUUCAACAUACUGAUUACCUCGGCAACAAGCUCAUGGCCUCAACAUAAUGGGACGGCCUCCUACACCCUCCAUCCUCCAUACACUGUACUGUACAUAGGAUCUCUUUGACCGAGGGUCUCUAGACUCCGAUUGCCGUUGUGAUGCACGUUGAAUAUUUCGGGUUUGUUACACGAGCCGGCCUUGGUAGUCCUAAAAACAUGUCUGGGGAAAGUCUUCGGUCAAAUCGAAGGUUCCGUAGAAUUUGGAGACAAUGGUGAUUUUUGUUUACGUUUUCCAAUAAAAUCCCGAGUGUGUUCAUUGUACCUGAGCCGUUUAUUUCCCGAUGACGACCGACAUCACUGAUACCGAGUCACCGGAGAUUUCCCUGCCACCGAUUCUCCUCAAAAAAGACAUUUGAGACCUGGGGAGGCGUCGGUGCGUCAAAACGAUUCCGGCUUCUGUUGAUAUUCACUUCAUUUCGCUUUCGGCCUUUUCCUAAGUAGAAAGAAAAUCCUAGUCAUUCUUCUCCUGCUGAAUCAUCGCAACUUUGUAUUAAGAAAAAUGUUUGUAGUAAUUUCGACAAACUGUAAAUAAUUCGCCGCAGUCAUACGGUGACCUCCACAUUGGCUAUUUACUGUACAAAUUGUAAGAUAGAUUUUGAACUGAUUGGUAGUACCUAGAUGUCGUAAACGGUAACUUUUGUACAUCAGUUUCUAUUUAUUAAUGUUGUAAUAUUCCUGCUAAGUAAAGUUAAAUUUCUCUUGUAUGUAUUU